GCGGACGGCGGAUUCCACACCUGUACCUACCGGUGAAUUUAAAAUCGCCGCUUUCCCCUCCACCAUCCCCCAGCAAAGACUUGUGGGAUAAAAAGACGACUUGGUUAAAGAGAUAAGAGAGAAGCGGUUUAGGAGCAAACCAAGCUCGUACACGUACUUCAUCCAACUAUCAAACCACAAAGCUCAGCAAGAUGGAGAGAAUCAAUGUAGAAGAAGCUGCGGCUGGCAAGAUCAAUUCCCUGCUGCUGGAUUCGGCGCGCGUUGGCUCCUGGGUGGCGCUGGACUUCCUUCUGAAGCAUGAUCCGCCAAUGAUGAUUCGUACCGAAGAAUUUCUUGCGUUGGUAGCGAGUGCCAACAGAAGAACUGCUGCUCCUGAUGUGGACCCGGGCAUCGACCAGGAGCCUGCUUCCCUUGCAGCAGGAGCACUCCUACAGGGGGUCCUGGAAGCUGAUGUUGGCGACAUCAAACCCCCGCUGCUGCUAUCGGCGCGCGUGGGCUCCUGGAAGGCGCUGAAACUGCUCUUCGACCGGGAAGACCCACAAGAUCCACCAAUGGUGAUUCCUUCUGAAGAAUUUCUUGCGUCGCUAGUGAUAGCCAAGGGAAGCGUCCCGGUUCCGGUUCCAGCUGCUCCUGAUUCACGACAGGGCGUCCUCCGGCCUGUCUCCCUUGCAGCACGACAACUGCUCAAGGGCGUCACUCCUGAUGGGGAUAGCGUGCUACAUGUGAUCGCCACAAGUGGCGAUGACAAGGAUUUCUUGAAGUAUGCCGGUAUGAUCUGCGGCAGGGAGAGGGGCCUCCUGUUUCUGAAGAAUCGCAAUGGUGAGACACCAUUGCAUUGUGCUGACCGAGCUGGGAACUCCAAAAUGGUCUCUCAUCUUAUAGAUCUAGCUGGACGUGAAACUUCUGCUGGGGAAAUCAAUCCCCCUCUGCUGCUAUCGGCGCGCGCGGGCUCCUGGAAGGCUCUGAAACUCCUUUUCGACCGGGAUGACGCACAAUAUCCACCAAUGAUGAUUCCGACUGAGGAAUUUCUUGGGUCGCUAGUGAUAGCUGAGGAACCAGCUGCUCGUGAUCUAGAACAGGGCGUCCCCCGGCCUGUUUCCAUUGCACCACGACAACUCCUCAAGGGCGUCACUCCUGAUGGGGAUAGUGUGCUACACGCUGUCGCUGGAAGUGGGGACGGAGAGAAUUUCCUCAAGUAUGCCGCCAUGAUCUGCGGCAGGGACUGGGACCUCCUGUUUACCAAGAAUCACAAUGGUGACACACCAUUGCAUUGUGCUGCUCGAGCUGGGAACUCCAAAAUGGCUUCUUGUCUCAUGGCUCUAGCUGGGUCUGCACGCGACGACGACGGUCCUGAUGGGAAGCUCACGCUCCUGAGAAUGCAAAAUAAACGUCACGAAACGGCCCUGCACGAGGCUAUCCGAAGCGAAGACGGUAGACUUCUGGGUCCUGAGGACAGACAGGCUUUGUUUCAAGCUAACCGCCCAACAGCAGAAAAGAUUAGAGAUUUUGUACUUCAACAGAAAGGAAUGACUAUAGUCAAGCAGCUAAUGGGUGUUGAUCCCCAAUUGGCUAAUUAUCCCGCAAACGGCAUUUCACCGUUGUACCUGGCCAUCCUGCUGGAGAAGGGUACCAUUGCACUGACUCUAUAUCAGAAGAGCGGUGGCAAACUUUCCUACUCCGGAGCAGAUGGACAAAAUGCCUUGCAUGCUGCUCUUAUUCGAGACAGAGACACAGUGAUGGUGGAGCUCCUACUGGAUUGGAACAAGAAUCUUACCAUGCAAGUUGACAAAGAUGGGAGUGCACCGCUUCACUUUGCUCCAGCGAGGAACUAUUGGACUGGCUCAAUUCUGCGUAUUCAUCUCCAAAGACCAUAUAGGUAUAUUUUUCACUGGUUUCCCUGUACGUCUUCACGUACACUUGAGAAAGUAUUCAAAGCGAACCCUGCAGCAUUAUAUCAGGCAGACAAGAACGGAUUUUUCCCCAUACAUGUGGCUGCCUCUAUAAGUGCCAGAGAUGCCAUAGGAUUAUUCGUUCGGGAGUGUCCGGGUAGUGCCGGAUUGCGCGACGCUAAAGGAAAAACGUUCCUUCAUGUCGCCAUCGAGAAACGAAUACUGGGCCCAGUUUAUUAUGCAUGUGGAAAUCCAUCUUUAGCUUCGAUUCUGAAUAUGCAAGACAAUGACGGGAACACUGCAUUGCACUCAGCUAUCCAAGCUGGGAGCUUGAGGAUGUUCUGUGCUCUGUUUGGGAAUCCGGAGGUGAAUCUGAAUCUAACAAAUAACAUAGGGGAAACUCCCCGUGAUCUAUCCAGAAGUAAGCUUUGGCGUGGAAUCGGUUAUACUUUGAACUCUGAGAACAUAAUAUGCUACGCCUUGUCGUCUGUUGGGGCGAACCACGGUGCCCUUCGUCGGGAUAAGACCGAGGAAAAGUAUAGUUGCCGUACAAACCCGGAGGACGAGGACAGAGAAUCACAGAGGCUGAAAGAUGCAACACAGACGUUUAUCGUUGCUUCAGUCCUAAUAGCAACUAUGGCGUUCACUGCAACUUUUGCCAUUCCUGGAGGUUACAGAGCUGAUGAUCGUACAAAUGGAGGCACGCCAACGCUUGCUGGGGGAUAUAUUUUUGACGCGUUCAUUAUGGCCACCGCGUUAGCUUUCAUCUGCUCCCUACUAGCCACCACAGGCUUCAUGCUAGCUGGAAUUCCCAUAAUUAACUUGACCAACCGCAAAAUCUACCUUGUCACGUCCGACUUUUUCUUUUCGUGGUCGGUCACAUGCAUCUCUAUUGUUUUCGCGCUGGGUGUGUAUAUGGUGCUAGCUCCCGUUGCUCGUAGUACCGCUGUCAUCAUUUGUGUUAUUACUCCGGCCAUAUUGGUGAUAGGUAAAGAUAUGGGGUAUCUUUUUAAAAUGGCAACUCUUGCACGACCGUUAUGUGUUAGGAAAGGGCUAUUCCUAGGAAUGUUACAUUUGCUAGACGGGAUAAUAUUCAAAAUGGCAUUUGCACUUUGGCCCUUCGUAGUUAUCUUCGGUUGGGGCGGGUUGGCAAGAAUCCACCACCGCCGCUAAACCAUACAUAAGCAUGGGCUUCUCCAGAACUUGCGUCGAGUUUGUAAGACUGGUUGAAUUUGUAACUUCGUUUCUGCAAGACUGGUUGGAUUUGUAAAUUUCUUUAUGUAAGAUCGACUUGUUGAAUUUGUAAGACAUUACCAGUGUUACAAUAUUUUCCUACAUA